ACUUUGAAUUAAAACGUCAGCACAGAUCAGUUCAGACAGAAGAGAGAACAAGAACAAGACAAAAAUAGCAUUAAUACAAAUUUGUCCAGUGGAGGAAGAGAUUCAACGUGUCGAGCAUCGGAUAUCAAGCAUGUCUGUCCUCAUCUUGGCAGCUCUGCUUUCCUCUGUGACAUGUAGCAGUGCUGACAUAAGUGCCUCAGCCCGGGGACGACAACACUGUGUCAGUGGAUACUGUGUCACUCUCAAUGAGGGAGAAGUAACAGUAGAGGCUGGGCUCUGUGUUGUGAUCCCGUGUUCUUAUAGGACUGGUGAUGGCUUUACACCUAAACAUAUAGCUUGGUAUAAAUGUGAAGUAUCUGAACCAAGAUGUGGUAAUCCUAUCAUGAUAUUUCACACCAACAACAGCAUUAAAGUUCAAUCUGGGUUUAAAGCACGAGUGUCCUUUUUGGAGCCUGAUCUGAGCCAGAACAACUGCAGCUUCUUCAUUAAUAAGCUAAAACAGUCUGAUUCUGGAUCAUAUCACCUCAGAGUUAUUGGUGAACUGAAUGGAAAACCUGAUGGAUUUUCAUUCUCUCCAAGAGUGACUGUUUCUGUAAAAGGUUUUAAGCUGAAGCCCACAGUAAUGAUUCCCACACUGACUGAGGGACAGCAGGCCACACUGACCUGCACUGCUCCUGGUCUCUGCUCUGGAUCUGUUCCUCAAAUCACCUGGACAUGGAGAGGAGCAGGAGGGACUGAAUCUUACAUUACAGGAAACAGCACUGAUUACAAGACUGAGAAUCUGACUGAUGUAACACAGAGUCCUGUCUCAACUUUGACCUUUAACCCAUCAGCUAAACAUCACAACACGAACGUCACCUGUAAGAUCAGUUUUACAGGAGAAACAAUUACAGAAGAGACUUCAACCUUGAAUGUGAACUACUUGAAAGAAGUUAAAAUACGUGGUGUUACAAGGGUGAAGGAGCAUGAAUCACUGAAUCUGACCUGCAGUGUUGAAAGUUUCCCUCUAUCUCUGAUUAGGUGGUCCAGACUUAGUUCUGACACAAACUUGCAAAGUGAUUUGAGAUCAGCAACAUUUAUAAUCCUAAAUGCAACAACAAAACAUGCUGGACAGUAUGUUUGUACGGCUCAAUAUAUGAACAAUACUCUGAAGGAGAAAGUCACUGUAAGGGUGAUGUAUUACAGGAAACCUCAGAUUGCUGGGAGAACGGUCGUUAAAGAGGGAGAUGUUCUGAAUCUAACCUGCGGUAUUGAAAGUUUUCCUCCAGCUCUUAUUGUUUGGAAAAUGUUGACUUCCAAUAUAAAUCCUUACAAUGGAACUAACACUGAUCUGUACAAUGACACUGGAUCAGCUACACUUGUUAUCCAGAAUGUGGGAGCAGAACAUUCUGGACAAUAUGUCUGUGCAGCAAAACAUCUGGAUACAGUUCUAACUGUAAAUGUCAGCGUAACUGUGACUUAUAAAAGGAAACUUCAGAUCACUGGCGAUACAACUGUAGAAGAAGAAAAUGUUCUGAAUAUGACCUGCAGUAUUGAAAGUUUCCCUCCAGCUCUUAUUGUGUGGAAAAAAAUGAGUACGAACACAAACCUUCAUAGUGGAACUUACCUGUAUAAUGACACUGGAUCAGCUACACUUACCAUUCCAAAUGUGACAGCACAGCAUUCUGGACAGUACAUCUGUACAGCAAAACAUCUGAAUACCACCGUGACUUCUUAUGUUAGUGUAACUGUGACUUAUUCAAGGCAACCUCUGAUCAAUGGGAAUACAACUGUUAAAGAGGGAGAUGUUCUGAAUUUGACCUGCAGUGUGGACAGUAUCCCUCCAGCUCUUAUUGUGUGGAAAGAUCCUAUCUCCAACACAAACCUUCAUAUUGGAACUUACACUGAUCUGUGCAAUGACACUGGAUCAGCUACACUUGUCAUUCAGAAUGUGACAGCAGAAGAUUCUGGACAGUACAUCUGUACAGCAAAACAUCUGGACACAACUCUGAUUUCUUACAUCAAUGUGACUGUGACUUAUUUAAGGCAACCUCUGAUCAUUGGGAAUACAACUGUUAAAGAGGGAGAUGUUCUGAAUUUGACCUGCAGUGUGGAAAGUAUCCCUCCAGCUCUUAUUGUGUGGAAAAAACCUAUCUCCAACACAAACCUUCAUAUUGGAACUUACACUGAUCUGCACAAUAACACUGGAUCAGCUACACUUGUCAUCCAGAAUGUGACAGCAGAAGAUUCGGGACAGUACACCUGCACAGCAACACAUCCAGACACAACUGUAACAUCAUCUGUCAGUGUGAUUGUGUCUUGGUUUUCAAAGAUCCAGGAUGUCUCUGAAUGUGUGCUUCAAGCAGAGGUUUUGACCUGUGUGUGUAUCAGUGAAGGGUUUCCUUUACCUACCAUCAAAUGGCCGCUCCUAGGAAACCACAAAGAGUACGCUAUCAAAACGACUGUGUCAAACCACACAGUCAACAGCACUGUCAGUCUAAAGGUAAAAAACCAUGGCAACAGCACUGUUGAAUGUGUGAGCAACAAUGAAAAGGGAGAAGCAAAAAAAAAUCUAAUGAUCCGAAGUGUCUCCGAUACAGUGGCUGACUCAUCGGUUUUGAACGUGGGAUAUUUAGAAAUCAUCAUUGCCUUUUUGAUUGGAGUAGUUCUUUCUGCAGUUGUUUGCUGUUUGAUUAAAAAAUGUUCAAGAAAAAAAACAAAGAAUUCUGGAAAUUUGGAUGAGACUUUGGAGAUGGUAACAAGUCAAGACGAUCCACAGCACAUAUAUGAUGGUCAAGAAACACAAGACAAUCAGUCCAACCCACAAGAAGAAGUUGAAGAUGAAAGUGUGGCAGCAGAGAAAGACGUGCCUGAAAUCAGCGGUGCUCCGCAAGAAGUGGAGUAUGCAGACAUUGAUUUUUCCCUAUUGAAAAGAAACACCAAGUCAGAGAGAAAGCAAGAAAGCACAAAGACCUUUUCAGGUAACAUUUUAAAUGUUUUAUUAUGCAAGGGUAAGUGUGCUUCUUUGGACUGAACACAUUUGCCUAACAUGUAAAAGGUCCCCAGUCAGGACCAAGAGAAGACAGCAGGCACAAAUCAAGCCUCAGGGCAUCACAGCUAGUGUACUCCUAGUUUACAUCCCAGUCCCCAUUAAAUAGGAGUGUUAUGCCUCAAAGAUCAUCAGGCAUAAAAUCUGAGCCAAAUCCUAUCAGGUGUGGCAAUACUAACUUACCUAGAUUGUUUAAGGAUAAAUACUUGCUUGAAACGUCCAACAGGUGAGCACUUUUUAAUGGCCAAUAUUGUUCUCAUUCUGGGAAAAUGUUACUCAACAAAUUCUUCCCGGGAUGCUUUUCUCUCUGGACAUUCUGUCAUAGCUUAAUGAGAUUAAUAAUUUUGAGUAUAAAACAUGUCUACUGUAGGUUAAAUGCCCUCUGCACAUUUGUUACACUCACCAGCAGAGGGCAGAGUAAACCCUUAAGUCAGACUGUAUCUUGCGGUCUGUCAUGAGACUGUGAACCUGGUGCUUCUGCACUGACAGCUUGUAUAUUUUGCCUGGUCCUGCUUGGUGAGGUAAAAAAAAAAAAAAAACGUUAGAUUUUCUACAUGUCUGUUUCUCUAUUUAAUUUGUGUAAAACAAGCACAUUGUAAACUGUUAAAACUGGUCCAUAUUUUACUCACCUGUUUCAUAUCCUUUGUAUUUUUUCUGUGUGUCGUUGUGUGGUGUAAAUGUCUUCAACUUUUUUAAUUUAAAUAAUUAAUAUCUAAUUGAAUUAGUAAAUAAUUAGUAAGCAUGCACAAAUCACACUUUGUAUUUGUUUGAUUCCUUAUGUUAAAUUAUGCUGGACUAAUUCCUGAUAGUGUCUGCACAACACUCCACCAAGGACCAACUGUCCAACUGUCACUGUGAUCCACUGGUCUAAGCAAAAGUAGUAAAGACACAAAUACCAUUGCAAAUUCUAAUACUACAAAGUAUUGCAAUCAUAUUGCCUGCUGACUGUGGGUUAGUGGUAGUGAUGGGCAAAGCGAGGCUUUGCGGAACUUUGACGCAUUUAUGCAGGACUUGUAUCGUGGAUUAAAAAUAAUCUGACACCCA